AUGUCGUUGGAUGAAGCUGUAUUUAACUCGGAAAUGCGUGCUGUUUGGAGUUGUCCUGACUGUGUGCGUGCAAUACCCAAAUCAUCUAAAAAUGAUAGCACACCGGUACGCAAUAUCACUACAACAAGGGGGAGUAAAAGACAAGCCCUAAAUUCUCCACCCAUAGACAAAUCCAUGUCGUCUUUUACCCGGAAUGAUAUUCGUGAGGUGGUGGAAGAUGUUAUCAAGAGUACCAUGGCCGACAUUUUCUCUACGAUGCAAGAUAAUUUAAUGAGCGCUAUCAACAAAGAGCUAAAGCCUAUUAGAUUAGAAUUGGCCACAAUUACUGACUCAAUCAAUUUUAUUAGUAACCAAUACGAUGAAAUGAAAAAAGAUUACGAGAUUUCUAAGGUAAAAUUAACCGACCUGGAAAAACAAAAUACAAUAUUGAAUAAUACUAUAGAAGAUUUAUGUGUGCGCAUCAAUCAAACGGAACAGCAACUUCGUCAAAACAAUAUUGAAUUGCAGUGUGUACCUGAACGUAAAAACGAAAAUUUAAUAGAUAUUGUUGCACACUUAGGAAAUAUCCUUGGCUGUGACUUAAGCUCUGAUAAUGUCCUUCAUUGCACUCGCACAGCGAAGACAAAAACGGAAAAUCCUAGACCUCGCUCCAUAGUUGUUCAACUAUCGUCUGUGCGUUUGCGCGAUCAGGUUAUUGCUGCUGUCUCUAAGUUUAACAAGGAGAACCCUCAAAGCAAAUUGAAUACUGCCCAUGUCGGUCUAACGGGUAACUCCCCAAUUUUUGUCAACGAGCACUUGUCACCUGCUAACAAAUCUUUGCACGCGGCGACAAGAAUUAAAGCAAAAGAAAAAGGAUAUAAAUUUACCUGGAUUCGUAAUGGCAAAAUUUUUAUAAGGAAAAACGAGGGUUCUCAAUAUAUUCAAGUUAAAAAUAAAAUAUCGUUAGACAAUCUUAUUUAG